AUGGGCAGAGGCUCCUGCAACUUAAAGCUCCAGACCAACACCCAGAUUCCAGGUCUCUUCCGCUCUCCUGCUAGCUGCUCUAGCACCUGCCAGUCCAGCAAACAGCAUGUGCCUGGGCCACCUUCUGAUACCUUUGUUUUCAGCCUGGCUCUGGCAGACCUGGGGCUGGCCCUCACUCUCCCUUUCUGGGCAACUGAGUCAGCACUGGACUCACACUGACCUUUCGGAAGUGCCCUCUGCAAGGUAGUCCUGACCCCUGGCCUCAGCAUCCAUGCCAGCACCUUCCUAAUCACAGCGCUGAGUGUUGUCAGAUACUGGGUGCUGGCCAUGGUUGUGAGACCAGGCAGGCACCUGUCUGUUCUCUGGACAAGUAUGGUCACCCUGGCAGUGUGGGUGGCGGCUACCCUGGUGACUGUGCCCAGAGCAACCUUUGGGGCUGAGGGUGGGUUGUGGGGUGUGUGCCUCUGCCUUCUGCGUUUCCCCAGCAGAUACUGGCUGGGAGCAUACCAGCUACAGAGGGUGGUUCUGGCCUUCGUCAUGUCCUUGGGCACCAUCACCACCAGCUACCUGCUGUUGCUGGCUUUUCUACAGAGUCCGCAGUGAUGCAGGCCUCCACGGUGGCAGGACAGCCGAAUGGUAGCCCGCUCUGUUUGUGUCCUGGUGGCUUCCUUCGUCCUCUGCUGGUUUCCCAACCAUGCAGUCACCCUCUGGGGCAUUCUGGUAGUGUUUUACCUGGUGCCCUGGGACAGCACUUUCUACAUCAUCCAUACUUGCUUUUUUCCUGUCAUCACCCGCUUGGCACACAGCAAAAGCUGCCUCAACCCUGCUCUAUGUCUCCUCCGGUGCCAGCCUCAGCAAGUUCUGAGCAGUGCCUUCAGGGACCCUUGGUCAAGAGUGUGGCCCCAAAGCAAGGCCUGUGUGGAAGUGGGAGAUGGGUAGCUAGCCCCAGAGAGUGGACUCUCUACGACAAGCAGAAACACAAAGGGACACCUGGAUAAAGGAUGCCACCUGGAUGGUCCCAUUCCCUUUUCUGAGCUCUACGGGGGGCAGAACCCACAGAUUCUGGGGAGAAGCCGUGCUCUCUGCCAGUCUGUAGGGUCCCCAGGGAAAGUCUGAUCUUUGAUUACCAACUGUGGGUGUGGCAGGACCUAGAAGCUGGGGCCCAGGCCGAAAGUGGGUGUGGCAAAGCUUGUCCCUAGAGAUGGCAAAGAGAAACAGGGACUAAACCUCUGCAUCAUCCAGACUGUCUGACCUUUUGUGCCGGUACAGCACGGGAUACCUUCCCUGAUGGGGUCUAGACCAAAUCAGACACGGGUUCUCCUUGUCUCACUCUCUUCAAAACAGGGCAUCCCUUAAUCCCUCUUUGGUACCAAAACCAAAAAUGCCUUCUCUGGCCACUCAG